AAUAUACCUUUCCCUUUUGCCUCGUCCCAGUGUGUUGAUGCACGUUGAGAAACAAUCACAUUGACAAUGUAUUUUAAACAAAAAGGCUACGGUAUUCUCCUACUUUACAUUCUAACAAUCACUCGGUAUCUGCGAGGUCAGGCUCACGAUUCAACAGGUAAAAUAAUAAUUCAUACACCUGUUGAGUUCACAGAAUCCACACAAAAUCCUAUUUCAAGCGACAGUGUAACCCGUAACGAUAAACUGACUCAUUACAUCCCGACGACAAAGACCAACGUCCGUCAAACAAACCAGUCAAGAAUCAGCGUAGAAAUGCCAGCGCGAAGACAGCUCCACGACACCAAGCCAGGUGAAAUGGGUGAAUCAUACGAAAACGUGCGAAAAUAUAAAUUAUCUCAGGACUUUGAAGAAUUGAACAGAUCACGACGUUCGGGUAGAACAAGAACGGUGGUAUUCAAUGAUAAGAACGGCAAGUACCAUUCCAAACAACACGAGGAGAAGCAUUCGGAAGAUUUUCCAUUUAAAUCAUUUAGUAAUAUCGAUUGCAAUCAAGGAAAAAUUCAGAAUUUACAUCGUGGAAAGUUUUCCAUCACGGGAAACGAUGAGAACCACUCAGAUUCAGUAACUCCAGGAGUGCGUGCAGGAAAGAUCCGAGUUCGAGGUGAGAUAGCAAAAGCAGAGAGCUGGAUGAGAAUGGAGCCAGAGGUAGAAUGUGGAGAUGAGACUAUGAUCCUCAGUAUCAGAGGGAGAAGAGCCCUACAUCUGCUAGUAGAUAGAGCGAAUGCCUCUGCUGUCCCCCUGGCCCAUCUACCCUCUCAAUGUGGCUACUCUGUCGAGUCGACAUGGCGAGACCUGACGUUUGUGGUACCUUAUAAUGCCUGUCACGUCAAGCAAGAAGUGGAUGGUAGUUAUGUGUUACCUCUGAUCUGGAGAGGGACCCCUGUGAAGAUGUCCUGCCCAGUGUCCCAGGCCCUGGCCCCCUCCUCCCUCUGCUGCUCAUCUCAGGGAAUGACUGUCAGACUGCAAGUUCAUGGAGCCAAAGAGGAGCUCAGAGUCCAGGUUACAGGAAAAUGGACACCACUGCUUUCGCUGGCCCUGCAGUGUGGCUACAGAAUGGACAGGCAACAUGGAGAGCUGCUCAUAUCUGCACCCUUCACUGCCUGUGGGAUCACAUCAAAGGAUGGAAAAUACACUCUCUCUCUUCAGAUAGGAGAGAAAGCCGUCACACUGGCCUGUCCUUCUUCUCCGCCUGACCAAGUAAUACAACCCCUCCGACCUGCAGCAGAUUUCCCCCAUUAUGCAACUAUGGGCCCAACAAACUCAGUUUCCACAACCCUGCUGUCUAACCCUUCUUCCAUAACCCCGUCUUACCCGGUGCUUCACCCAUUCAAUCCCCUGCCCACAUUUCCCCCUGAUCAGCCUUCCAGCCCUGGUAUCCAUGUUACUUCUCCCUUGACUAAUGGCCCCUCUGUCCAUCCUCCCCUGGCUCAGCGUCUUCAGGCCUACCCAUUCUAUCAGUAUUACUACCUCCACACGAUGCCCCUCAGUGAGUCAUACCAGUCACCCCUUUCCUCUAGUCCCCCCUCUCAACUCCCAACUACAGGCCCCACUGAGUCGAAGCCAGGCCACACUCCUGUCCCAAGCCACCCCAACUACAAUAACUCCCAUGUUACUCAGUAUUCUACCACUACAGCUGGUCAUCCAGUUCACUCUGAAACCCCCAAUCUCCGAACCCCUGAGUAUACUCUCCACCCAUACUACCACAACUACCAUCACCCCAACAUCCCUAUCCUUGAGCCACCUCAAGGGCCCAGUCCUGGUGCCAAGACGGUUCACAAACACACCGUAGAACUCCUGUGCCUCACCCUCCACCCUAUCCUCACUACUACACCCCACAAACACCCAGUGGUGAAGUCAAGAGAUCCCAUCACCCUGAUGACCCUUUUAUUCAUCUUCAACCUUUGA